AUGCUGACGUCGCACGGGGUUUAUCAGGGCCCCAGCAGUGUCCCGGUCGCCGUACGCUCACUGGACGAGGUGCACCGCGAAGCUCGCAAGGUGCUAGUCGAGCUCCAAAGCGCUCUCCAGCAAGCGGAGCAACAGCAGCACCACGCGCAGCUCGCGACGAAAGGAGCUUUGAAAGACCUCGGAGUCGCCACUUUAACAGCAGAGGCACUAGAGGCGCCACGGCUGAAGCUGCAACAGCUCGAACUUGUGACUGCUGAGCUUUCGCAGCUGGCUGAGCGCGCGCCCGCUGCACAGCGAGCUCUGUGGCAACGUCGUGCGCUGCAGCUUGAGACGCAGCACAGGGAGCUGAGCAGUCUCUGGAGGCAGGUCUAUGCGGCGGAAAGGCAACGUCAAUGGCACUUACGGGAGCGUGAAUCGCUUCUCGAGGGCGCUGAACAGCAUCGCUCCAAGUCGAAGGCUGAUGCCACGAUAGUCGACUUGGAACAGCUCGCAACCCAGUCUCUAGAGCACGCGUCCCAUUCCGCUGAUGGUAUUCUCGGAAGCGGGCGCGAUGUCCUCAAUGCGUUGCGGCAGCAACACCAGACGCUCAAAGCGGUGCGGCGCAAGACUCUUGAUAUGGCCCAUCGGUUGGGUCUCAGCCAAAGCCUCAUUCGGCGUGUCCAGCAACGAGCCCGAAACGACAUGAGAAUCGUAUGUGGUGGCCUCGCUGCCAUUCUGGCCCUUGUCUGCUUGUUGUUCUACGUAAAACAUUACCUGAUGUGA